UUCAUUUCUCGGGCAGACGGCUCAAGAUCUCACGAGUCUCCCCCAACAGAGUCUGACAGGUCAGGCGAUGGUCGAGGGGGGAAUUCCUCCCAUCAUGCGUGCCUUCAUGCCGCAUUUCCUUCUAGACCGGCAAGUCUUAUGCUAAACUUUCAUGAUUUGUCUAGUCUCUCCUGGAUUUUUUUUCUCCUUUCCUCCGGUAUGCGGACGCGACCAACUAUAUAAGUGUGCCUGACAUUCCACUCAACAUUCCUUCGGCCCACAUUCACUCGGACACGUUUUCGGCGGACCUGGAUCAUUCUUCUGAACGAAAACGUUUGGAAUUUAGUUGCACAUAUAAAGAAGGAUGUGCCCUGGGUGAAUCUCGUCUCUCGGAUCACAAUGCAUUUCCUCUCGCUUUGUCUGUCGGUAGCCUCCCUAGUGUCCUAUGUGGGAGCCGCGUCAACCUUCUCUCCCGCGAGGCCUCCUGCGCUGCCACUGGCUGUCAAAUCGCCUUAUUUGAGCACAUGGCUCUCUGCAGGUACAGAUGGCGGUAAUGGCGGGUACCUGGCUGGUCAAUGGCCUACUUUCUGGUUCGGUCAAGUGAAUGGCUGGGCCGGUCAGAUCCGUGUCGAUGGCUCGACCUACACAUGGAUGGGGGGUAUUCCUGGAACUCCCAUCGUGAACCAGACUUCGUAUGAGUACACCUCAACUUCGAGUGUGUUUACAAUGCGGGUUGGAGAUAUGGUGGAAAUGAAAAUCACAUUCCUUUCCCCGAUCACACCGGAUGAUCUCCGGAGGCAGUCGCUCAUAUUUUCCUACCUGGACGUAGAAGUCGAAUCAAUCGACGGUAAAUCUCAUGACAUACAGGUGUACUCCGAUAUCUCAGCUGAAUGGGUGUCUGGAGAUCGAAAUGCCAUUGCACAGUGGGACUACGGUGUCACAGAUGAUGGCGUUGCCUACCACAAGGUCUACCGCCAGACACAGCUUCUGUUCUCCGAAAUCAAUGACCAGGCAGAAUGGGGAGAGUGGUACUGGGCAACAGAGGAUGGGGACGGAAUGACCUACCAGUCCGGACCAGAUGUUGAUGUGCGAACUGCGUUCGCAAAAAACGGAAAGCUAGCCAACUCGAACGACAAAACCUAUCGUGCCAUUUCGACCAAUUGGCCCGUGUUUGCCUUUUCCCGUGAUCUUGGGUCGGUGAAAACGUCUGCGAGCACGUUGUUCUCUAUUGGUCUCGCCCAGGACAGUGCAAUCCAGUACAGUGGUAAGCCUGAGGGGAUGACUGUGAUGCCCUCGCUUUGGAAGAGUCACUUCAGCACCGCGACAGCUGCGCUGGAUUUCUUUCAUCAUGAUUAUGCAGCAGCAGCAGCGCUAUCGAAGGAUCUGGACAAUCAAAUAGCCCAAGAUUCACUUGAUGCAGCUGGCCAGGACUACCUGACCAUCACCUCGCUUACGGUCCGUCAGGUCUUUGCUGCUGUGCAAUUAACCGGAACGCCGGACGAUCCGUAUAUUUUUAUGAAGGAGAUCUCCUCUAAUGGUAACAUGAACACUGUGGACGUCGUCUUCCCGGCUCAUCCAAUCUUUCUGUAUACGAACCCUGAGCUCCUCAAGCUGCUGCUGAAACCGAUCUUUGAGAUACAAGAAAACGGAAAGUAUCCUAACACGUUCGCCAUGCACGAUAUUGGGGCCCACUACCCGAACGCCACUGGACACCCUGACGGUAAGGACGAACAAAUGCCACUGGAAGAGUGCGGGAACAUGGUCAUCAUGGCCCUUGCUUAUGCCAUGAAGGCCAAGGACAACGACUAUCUCUCGCAGCAUUAUCCCAUCCUCAAGAAAUGGACGACGUAUCUGGUGGAAGAUGCUAUUUACCCGGCGAACCAAAUCUCUACAGAUGAUUUUGCUGGUCCCUUGGCAAACCAGACCAACCUGGCAUUGAAGGGAAUUAUUGGCAUCCAAGCAAUGGCAGCAAUCAGUAAUAGGACUGCACACCCAGAUGAUGCCUCGAACCACUCAAGCAUCGCUAAGGAUUACAUCACGAGAUGGCAGACAUUAGGCGUAGCUCACAAUGCCAAUCCUCCACACUCGACAUUGUCGUACGGAGCUAACGAGACUCAUGGCCUUCUGUACAAUCUGUACACAGACCGUGAAUUGGGCCUGAAUCUGGUUCCUCAAUCAGUGUAUGAUAUGCAGAGCACGUUCUAUCCGACAGUGAAGGCGAAAUAUGGUGUCCCGCUUGAUACUCGUCAUUCGUAUACCAAGGCGGACUGGGAACUCUUUGCAGCCGCCGUUGCAUCGACCAGCACUCGAGAUAUGUUCCACAAGGCGCUUACGACCUGGAUCAAUGAGACACCGACAAACCGUGCCUUUACCGAUCUUUAUGACACUAGUACGGGAAACUAUCCUGGAAUCACCUUCAUUGCGCGGCCCGUGAUGGGUGGCGCGUUUGCAUUAUUAGUUCUUGAAGAGGGCCUUUGAUCCCCUGUAUAUUCUUAGGUUAUGAUUCGCUUUUGUGGGCGAGACAUUCGCUAGGCUUUAUUACUCCUAUUUAUCCUUACCCCGGCCACUCGGCCGUUGUUGAAUAGCGCAUCCGCAUAUAUACAGUUCUCACUUUAGCCUGAAGAUACAAAUUGGUUACUAUCUUUGACGCUUUGUACAUUCGUGGAGUCGACAGGAUAUUUUACCGAUAGUGUCUGUAGGCUUAGCGUUGCCUCACCAAUGCACCUCCCUGGGCUGAUUAAAUAUUCGACUAUCUCAAUAUCAGGUAGCGUUAUUUCAGCAUCUCCGGUUGUCUACAAAUCGUGAGUGGGCUCGACUGAGCUAUUCCACGCAUCAAAAGCUCGAAUGAGAUC